AUGAAAAUUGCUCAAUAUAAACGUGAAACACCAUCAACAUUUGCAUGGGAGAUACGUGAUCAUCUUCUAGCAGAUAAUAUUUGUAAUCCAGAAAAUAUACCAAGUGUAUCAUCAAUAAAUCGAGUAUUUCGAAAUCUUGGUUCAAAAUCAUUAGAAUCAAUGACUAAUCAUGAAACAUAUUAUUCAAUUAAUAAUAAAUUACGUACUGUACAUAGUCAAACAUGGUCAUCAUCAUCAUCAUCAUCAUCAUUUUAUACUCAUCAACCAUCAUCAAGUAUUUAUUCAAAUAAUGGUGAUUCAAAUUCUGAAUAUAAACAUCAAACUCAUGAUUUAGAAGAUUUAUCUGAUGGAAGUGAUGAUAGUAAAAUAGGUAUAAGAGAUGGUAGUUUAAAUGAAAAUGAUGAAGCUGUACAAGAACGUUUAAAAUUAAAACGAAAAUUACAACGUAAUAGAACAUCAUUUACACAAGAACAAAUUGAUGCAUUAGAACAAGCUUUUAAUAGUUCACAUUAUCCAGAUGUAUAUGUACGUGAAAAACUUGCACAAACAAUUAGUUUACCUGAAGCUCGAAUACAAGUAUGGUUUUCUAAUCGUCGUACAAAAUAUCGUCGUCGUGAAGAUAAAGUUAAAGGUCGACGACAACAUCAUCAACAACAAUUAAUAAAUGAUAUGGAAGAAAAUAUGCGACCAUCAGGUAUAACACCAUCAUCAUCAUCAGUUUAUCCUCAAGCAUUUCCAUCAAAUAAUCCUUCAAUAACAAAUGAUUCACAUCAUCAUCAUCAAUAUGGAGCAUUUAGUGCUGCUGCUGUUGCAUGUAGUUCAAGCGGUUAUCCAACAUUUUUUCCCACUUCAACACGUGGUUAUGAUGGACUUAGUCCAUUUAGCACAUCUUAUAAUCGUUCUUGCUCAACUUAUUCAACAGGCAUUCAAACUAAUCUAUCUGCAGAUCAUAUGAAAAAUAUGUCUUCAAUGUCAACAUAUGGUAGUGCUCCACAUAUUUGGUAUCCACCGAUAUUACCGUAA